GAAUAUACGCCUUUCAAGAAUUAUUUCACGCCAGUUGUGUCGUCGAGAGACACGUAAACUUCCUUAUUAAUUCGUGAAAAGUAAAAGUGUUAAUAAUAUUCCUACAACAGAAUAUUAAAAAACUACUACCGAAUAUUUAAAAACUGCUUCCAGAGAUAGUGUACUGGAAUACUAUUUUAAAUAUGACUACCUACACGGAUAAAGGGCAGAAACCCGAGGCUGGACGUUUCCUGGCAUUCGACCACCUCACAUUCUGGGUUUCCAACGCCAAACAGGCUGCCAGUUAUUACAUAACGCGUUUCGGUUUUGAACCUUUGGCAUACCAAGGUUUAGAAACAGGAUCGAGAAAAAUUGCGUCGCAUGCUGUAAGAAUGAAUAAGAUAAUAUUCGUGUUCCAAGCUCAGUAUGAGCCAGAGGAAACAGAAUUUGUGAACGAAGUAGCUUACCACGGCGACUUCGUCAAGGAUGUCGCAUUCCAUGUGGAAAACCUGGACUACAUACUGGAAUAUGCGAGGAAGCAAGGGGCUGUGAUCAUAAGGGACUUAUGGGAGGAGAGUGACGAAUUUGGGGUUGUAAGGAUGGCUACUAUAAAAACGUAUGGUGACAACACUCACACCUUAAUAGACCGGUCAAAAUACAACGGACCUUUCCUGCCCGGAUGGCAACUUUUGAAAGUCGAUCCUAUACACAAAUAUUUGCCUAAAGUGGAGAUCAAUUUCAUCGACCACGUGGUAGGAAACCAGCCGGACAAUUGUAUGGAGCCAGCGGCAUCCUGGUAUGAACGAUGUCUGCAGUUCCAUAGAUUCUGGUCAGUGGACGACAAACAAGUGUGCACCGAGUACUCGGCCCUGCGCUCCAUAGUGAUGGCGAACUGGGAGGAGACCGUCAAGAUGCCCAUCAACGAGCCAGCUGUGGGCAAGAAGAAGAGCCAGAUCCAGGAGUAUGUGGAGUACCACGGCGGGGCAGGGGUCCAGCAUAUUGCCAUCAACACUGAGGACAUAAUUACUGCUAUCGAAAACCUCCGCGCUCGGGGCGUAGAGUUCCUGACAAUACCGUCAAAAUAUUACAAACUCAUCAGAGAGAAACUGCAGUCCAGCAAAGUGCGAGUCGCCGAGAGCAUAGACACGCUAGAGAGACUCAACAUCCUCAUAGACUACGAUGACAAUGGCUACCUCUUGCAGAUAUUCACAAAGAACACCCAAGACCGUCCAACGUUGUUCUUAGAGGUUAUACAGAGAAGGAAUCAUAAUGGUUUCGGAGCUGGAAACUUCAAGACGCUUUUCGAAUCCAUCGAAAUAGAACAGGACAGACGCGGAAACUUAUAAAAAUCAAUAAUCUUGCAAUCGAUGUAUAUAUCUUUGUAUAUCUAAUCUAUAUGCCGUUAACAAAUAAAAAAACAUCAAUAAAUAGA